AUGGCUGCCGGGACUGAUUUUCCGCCUUUGUUCAGUACCAUAGAAGGUGAUUAUAAUAGUGAUGAUAAUGUCGCCGCUGCUGGGAAAUAUGGUAUAGAUGAUUCGAGGAAAUCCUUGAAUGGUAGACCUCCAAGGAAUCUUUCCAUUGUACGGCAUUCUAUAAGCACUGCAACACUAGUCUCACCCUCAGAUUUGGAUUCUGAUCUUGAGGUGAUUGGAAUCAAGUCACCUUCAGAUGUAAAGUCAAGCUUUAUACCAGUUUUUCGAUCUGGAAGCUGUGCUGAGAAAGGACCAAAACCAUACAUGGAAGAUGACCACAUAUGCAUAGAUAAUUUGCCUCAACAUUUAGGCGAGAUUGCAGGUUUUCCUUCACUUGGAGCUUUCUAUGGGGUGUUUGAUGGUCAUGGAGAUAAGGCAAUUAAGAAUGCGUUUCUGAAAGCUGAUUAUGCAUUUGCUGAUGAUAGUUCCCUCGACAUAUCUUCUGGCACCACGGCCCUGACUGCACUCAUAUCUGGAAGAACAAUUGUAGUGGCCAAUGCAGGUGACUGUCGAGCUGUGCUAGGGAAACGGGGUAGAGCAAUCGAGCUGUCUAAAGAUCACAAGCCUAAUUGCAUGUCUGAAAGACUUCGGAUAGAAAAACUUGGAGGAGCCAUAUACGAUGGUUACCUUAACGGCCAACUGUCUGUAGCACGCGCCCUUGGAGACUGGCACAUGAAGGGCCCGAAAGGUUCUGCUUGCCCUUUAAGCUCUGAGCCUGAGUUGCAAGAAACGCUAUUGACUGAGGAUGAUGAGUUCUUGAUUAUGGGCUGUGACGGGCUUUGGGAUGUUAUGAGCAGUCAAUUUGCUGUUACAAUGGCUAGGAAAGAAUUGAUGCUGCACAAUGAUCCAGAAAGAUGCUCAAGAGAGCUGGUUCGGGAAGCGCUGAAGCGCAAUACAUGUGACAACUUAACUGUUAUUAUAAUUUGUUUCUCCCCUCUAGGAGGUGGCGCAUAUCUUUAUAUGCAGAGUCGAGUAAGGAGGAGUAUAUCGGUUGAAGGGUUGAAUCUUCUUAAAGGUGCACUUGAAAGCAACUCAUGA